UCAAAUGUAAUUAUAACCCAAAUCAACGAUUAGCGCUAUUAAAAAUAAAAAAUGGAGGAAAUUGUAGCUGCUAUAAGAGGCUUUUCACCUGAUAAAAAUUGGCCUGCAUUAAAAGAAUACUUUAAUGGAUCUACAUCUGCUCUUGCAAAAAAUGCAUCAAAAGUAGAUAUUACAAUGAGUGCAUUAGAUUUACCUGAAAAUACCUUAGGGUAUCUAUAUUUAAUGGUUUUUAAAGUUUCACUUUCUAAUGUUGGUGACUUUGAAUUGCUAUUUGACCAAUUUCAACAACUUGUCAAAAAUGGAUGUAAAGAACAAAUUCAACAAGGGUUAGAAAAAUUUUGUCAUCUUUGCCAUGUUUUAGUUAAAUGUUUGAUAGAAAUUAAACAGUCUAUUCGCGGCAUUCAUGUUUUUUCUGAAGCUAUUUUAAAAGUUCAAACAAAUAGUUCUCAAAUGACUUCUUUGCAUUCAGAUCUUUUUCAGUUGUGCCUUUCUGCUAAAUGUUUUAAACCUGCUCUGAAGUUUUUGGAUGUUGAUGUAACAGAUAUAAAUAAUGAAGAUGGCAGUUUUGAUGCAAGAUCUUUUCUACUUUACUUUUACUAUGGUGGGAUGAUAUUUCUUGCUCUUAAACAGUUUGAAAAAGCAAUGUUUUGUCUCCAAGCAGUAAUUACAACACCUGCCAUACCUGUAAGUCAUAUUAUGCUUGAAGCAUACAAAAAAUAUCUUCUUUUAUCAUUGUUGCUGAAUGGAAAGAUAUGCAAUCUUCCCAAAUACACAUCACCUGUAGUAUCACGUUCCAUUAAGCCACAGAGUUCGCCUUACACUGAACUUGCUGAAGCUUAUUUUACUUAUGAUCCAGCUCAUUUAAGAGCAGUAGCUAACAAACAUCAGUCAGUUUUUCAUACGGAUAAGAAUAUUGGACUUGUAAAACAAGUAAUGGCUUCACUCGUUAAAAAACGAAUACAGAAACUAACGAAGACAUUUCUUACUUUAUCAUUAUCAAAUAUGGCAGCCAGAGUUAAUCUUAGGGAUGCUUCAGAAGCCGAAAAGUUUCUUUUAAACAUGAUAGCAGAAGGAACUAUUUUUGCUACUAUCGAGCAAGAUGUUGCUAUGGUAUCUUUUCAUGAUAAUCCUCAAGAUUACUACUCUGCCGAAUUUUUUUCAAAGUUUGAUUCUGAGAUUACCAACUGUAUACAUUUGAAUGAACGUUUACAAAUUAUGGAUAGAGAAUUGCAAACCAACCCGCAAUAUGUCCAAAGGAUGUUAAACCUAGCUCAACUCGAUGAUGCAGGGAGAAGCGAUGAAAUUGUUGGUUAGAAAAAUGAAACACGAUAAUCAGUCAAAGAAUAGAUCACCAAGCAGCAGUUUUUUAAGUUCUAUUUAGAAGUGGUCGGUGCCUUCAACUCUAAUUAUUUAAGUGAUUAUUAAUCCUUAGUUUUAAUAACACCAAACAAGAAACUAUCAUCGGUUGGAUGCAAAAAACCGUCCUACCAUCGGUUGCUUCAAGUAUCAGUUUUAGAGAUAAUAAACCAGCAGUUUGUUCAAGUGUCAAA